GUGAAGUUUGAUAGGUCCCAAUUGAUACAACUGAGGGAUCAAGAAGAUGUCAAUACUCUGUUACAAUUUAAUGAUAGUUUUGCUCAUGUUUAUGCAUCAAGUUUGGCGGAGGAGCCUAAUUCUAUGCUGCCAUCUGGUGGGCCGAAAGAAAUUGAAUUUAUGGGUGUGUCUGAUUUAAAACCAGAUACAACUCCUGCAGGUGAUGAUGAGAAUGAUUUGGCAAGUCCUCUGAAGAAGGCGCGAUUCCUGUCAACCGGAGAUAGUAAAGCUCUGAAGAAAACAUGGGCUCACCAGUCAGGUGGAGACAGUAAACCUCAGCAGAAAGAAGCUGUUGGUGAUGAUGCUCAAAAGCAAGCCGGUGUAACUAGGUUGUGCAGUAGUUAUGUGGAAACAUUAAAUCAAGAUGGAGUUGGCCUUCCUGAAGGGGAGGUGGAGAACAACAAUUCCAAGAUUGGGACAGUUAACGAACAGGCUUCUAGACAACCAUCAGGUGUAUCUGAUUCAGAAACAGAUUCAACUUCUGAUAGUAAUCCUCCUGAGGAUGAUCGUCUUGAACCUGAAUUCAGUGAUUUUGACAAGCAUAGAGCACGAAAUUGCUUUGCAACUGACCAGAUCUGGGCUUCCUAUGAAGCGGAUGAUGGUAUGCCAAGAAGAUAUGCCCUCAUAAAGAAUGUAUCCAGUCCUGAAUUUAAGAUAAAGCUCAGAUGGCUAGAGCCUAAUCCAGAAUAUCCGAGGGAGCACGCUUGGGUCAGGGGACUCUUGCCUGUUGGCUGUGGGAGAUUUAAAUGUGGGAGUGUUGAUUCUGUUGAAUGUAAUUCUUCGGAUCAUCGUCUAUUUUCUCAUCAAGUGCAGUACAUAAAGGGCAAGAAAGGUCCAUAUCUGGUAUAUCCUAGGAAAGGGGAAAUAUGGGCGCUCUUUAAAGAUUGGGAUAUUAGUUGGAGCUCUGAUCCAGAGAAUCAUAGGGAAUACAAGUAUGAAGUUGUGGAGAUUCUUUCUCAUUAUGAAUAUGGUGCUGGUCUCCUAGUUGGUUACUUAGAUAAAGUGAUCGGGUUUGUUAGCGUUUUCCAGUCAACAACUCCAAAUGUAGUUGAUACAUUUUUUAUAAAGCCAAAAGAUUAUUACAAGUUCUCUCAUCGAGUUCCUUCUUUCAAAAUGACUGGAACUGAAGGAGAGGGUGUACCGGCAGGAUCUUUUGAACUUGAUUUUUAUGCUCUUCCCAUUGAUCUAGAUGAUGUUUGGUACCCUGGGAAAGUUGAGGAAGACAGCAGCACUGCAGAUUCUGAAUCUGUAGAAAACGUUGUAUCUGCAGUUCCCCCUGUAACUAGAGAUGAAUCCAGGACACCUGAUAAUGCCGCGACAUCUCUGGAGUCUGGGAAUUUGAAAGGCAUUCACACUACUGAUGGAGAGUCUUCUAUGCUCGUUGACUUGGAAUUGAAAUUAUAGUUUGAUGGGACUCAAAAAUGAAUUGGUUCUCCUGGAUUUAGAGAAAUUUGGAAUUGAAGUUUUGCAUUGUCAUUUGUCAGUUGGUCCGUUAACACACUGAUGGCCUGCUGUCUCAUCAGUUACUUGUUUGAUAGGGAGGGCAAUGUACUAGCACACAUGAAUCUGGAGUUUUUGGAAAUUGUUGUUUAUUAUGAUACCCCUCCCCCUUUUGCUAUGGGUUUAUACACCCAAGACUUGUCACUGAUGGCUCUUCUCCUAUGGCACCUUACGUUAUUUUGGCCAA